CUGCGCCCUCCCUCGUUGGUUGUCGCACAGAUAGACAACUGACCCAGAAUCGGCUGCAGGAGCUCAGUUGUCUACACUGACAUCCUUGUGCUACAUUGAGCGUGUAGCAGGGACCGCACUGAAUAAUAAGAUGCCUUUACCCGUGCAAGUGUUUAAUUUUCAGGGAUCUGUGGAGCCCAUGCAGAUCGAUGCAGACCCUCAGGAGGACCAGCAGAAUGCUCCAGACACCAACUACAUAGUGGAGAAUCCAACACUGGACCUGGAGCAGUAUGCCACCAGCUACAGUGGAUUAAUGCGUAUUGAAAGGCUUCAGUUCAUUGCAGAACACUGCCCCCAGCUCCGAGUGGAAGCCCUGAAAAUGGCCCUCACCUUUGUCCAGAGGACCUUCAAUGUUGACACCUAUGAAGAGAUCCACCGCAAACUCACAGAGGCCACACGGGAAGUACAGGGUGUUCCAGACACGGUACCUGAAGGCGGGGCAGCGCCUCCUCCUCUGGACUCAGCAUGGGCCGAGUCCACCAGAAAAAAGGCUCUGCUCAAACUGGAGAAGCUUGAUACAGAUCUGAAGAACUACAAGGGGAACUCCAUCAAAGAGAGCAUCAGGAGGGGCCAUGAUGACUUGGGUGACCAUUACCUGGACUGUGGUGACCUCAGCAACGCCCUCAAGUGCUACUCCCGAGCCAGAGAUUACUGCACCAGUGCAAAACAUGUCAUCAACAUGUGUCUGAAUGUCAUCAAGGUACUGCUGUGUGGAACCACAGCACAAAAAAAAUCCUCAAACAUCUAAUCCAUGAUUCAAGAAAACAAUUGACGGACGAAUUGAUAAGACUUGUGAAUCUUUCAGAAUCCCACGAUUCAAGUCGAUUAUGAUUCCAUGGAUCACAAUUCGAUUAGAAAGCAAUUUUCCAUUCAAGAUCAUUUUUUGGAAUCAGGGUUUACUCUGCUGUCGUCAUGAAAUCAGAGUAAAGUGUUUGCAAGAUGAGAAAACUUUUAUAUUUGUAAAAAGGCAACAUAAACACAAGUAAAUCCAAUGCCGCGAUUCCACCUUGUGGAACGGUUCAGUACGGUAUGUACUUUCAUGGCUUUCCAUUAGGAAUGGUACCAAAAUAACCAGUACCCUUCCCUUGGGGUUCCAGAGUAAUGAUACGGGUGGAGCUGGAGCCGCGACAGCGAGCUGAUGGGGCGGCAGAAAAGUGUUGCUCCCUUGUGACCGCUGUUUCUUCCGCAGUCUGUCUCAACAAGAAGUCAAGAUUUGUAUGGGAAUAACCGAGCA